UGAGAAAAUAUUUCACAUCAAGUGCGACGAGUCAGUCAGCAGUCCGGAGACGCUACCUCUGAGAAUGGGACUAAGGGACGAACUCCUCAAGGCAAUAUGGCACGCAUUCACAGCCCUGGAUGUGGAUAAAAGUGGGAAAGUGUCUAAAUCACAGUUGAAGGUGCUUUCCCAUAAUCUCUGCACCGUGAUGAAGAUCCCUCAUGAUCCUGUAGCUCUGGAGGAACACUUUAGAGAUGAUGAUGAAGGUCCUGUUUCCAAUCAGGGAUACAUGCCCUACUUGAACAGGUUUAUUCUGGACAAGGUCCAGGACAACUUUGACAGAAUGGACUUUAACAGGAUGUGCUGGACUUUGUGUGCAAGAAAAAACCUCAACAGAAAUCACUUACUUAUCUCAGAUGAUGAUGCUUUUAAGAUCUGGUGCAUUUUCAACUUCCUGUCUGAGGACAAAUAUCCUUUGGUCAUGGUCACAGAGGAGAUAGAGUACUUCCUUCGGAAGCUAACAGAAGCCAUGGGCGGCAUCUGGAUUGAAGAAAAGUUUGAAGAAUACAAGAUUCAGCUGAGCAGCAAGCAGCAAUGCUUGAGUGCAUGGGAGGUGAUUGAACUGGUAGGCAUGGGUCACUUUAGUAAGGGCAUGGACCGCCAGACCCUCUCCAUGGGCAUCAAUGAAGUGUUCCAGGAACUUAUUCUGGAUGUACUCAAACAGGGUUACAUGAUGAAAAAGGGCCACAAAAGGAAGAACUGGACAGAACGAUGGUUCCUUUUGAAGCCCAGCUCAAUUUCAUACUACGUCAGUGAAGAUCUUACAGAGAAGAAAGGGGACAUACUACUAGAUGGAAACUGUUGUGUUGAGUCAUUACCAGAUAAGGAGGGUAAAAAGUGCCUUUUCUACAUCAAGUGUUCUGACAAAAGCUAUGAGAUCAGUGCCUCGGAUAAGAAGAAAAAACAAGAGUGGAUUCAAGCUAUUCAGACGUGUAUCACACUGCUGAAGGUUGGGCGUCCGGCUCCACACCACGAGGCGCGACAGAAACGACGAGAGUUGCAACAGAAACAGCAGGCCGAGCAGGCAGAACUUGAGCUAAGGAUGAGAGAACUGCAGACAGCCAAUGAGAACAAACAGAGAGAGCUGGAGGCUGUGAGGAAGAAACUGGAGGAGGCCGCAGCCAAUGCAGCAGAAGAGGAACACAGACGUCUGCAGACCCAGAACGAGCUGCAGGAUCUCUACAGGGUGGAAAUGGAGAAAGAGAAAAUGGUGCGGCUGCAAAUGGAAGAACAGGUGGCUCAAAAGUCCACUGAGUUAGAGCAGUACCUGCAGCGCGUGCGUGAGCUGGAGAAUAUGUACCACCGCUUGGAGGAUGCACUGGAGGAGGAAAGACAGGCCAGGCAGGAUGAGGAAACUGUCAGAAAGCUACAGGCCAGGCUGUUGGAGGAGGAGGUAACUAAACGUGGAGAGCUGGAGCAGAUACACCUGUAUCAGCAGCAGACCAUUUCUCAGACGCAGGCGGAGAAAAUGGAACUGGAACGAGAACGGCUAGCUAAGGAGAGCGCCCUGCAGGCUGCCAUGCAACAGCUGCAGCAGCUGGAGUCUGACAGGCAGGGUGCGCUGGAGCAAUAUGAGGAGGUGAUGAAAAAACUAGCAGAUGCUGCCAACAAUACAAAGAGCUGGAAGGACAAGGUGGCCCACCAUGAGGGACUUAUCAGGCUCAUUCAACCAGGCCCUAAGUACCCUCAGAAAAUCACAAAUUGGGGACCUGCAUCAUUCACAGACACAGAACUCAGUCUGAGAGAGAAAGACUGGCAGGAAAAGAAAAACAGGUCUGCUCCUACCCAAUAGUGCUUAAAGUGUUCUCUUAUUGAUACAGUACUGUUAAUGUUUCUGUAGAUAGAGUGUAUACAAUGCCUCUGUGGGGUUAGUCUUUGACCACACUAAAAGGAAACUGUAGGACGGCCUGCAUGACUUUACAUAGUGUAAGGUUUAGUCUCCUGCCAUUCCAGUCUAUACUGUAACAUUCAAGUGUCAUUUUGCUACAGUUUUGAAGUGAUUUUAUUAAAAAAAAUAUUUAAAAAAAUAAAUGAAAAAAUUGUACUCUACAUUUUGUUAAUAUGUUCAUAUUGGUGCAUGCCACAAGUAAUGGCAGAUGUUUUUUUUGUUGUUGUUUUUUUUAAUAUAGUUCAUGAGUUUGGAUUAAACUUCAUUGAUGUCAAAAGUACAAAACAAUUAAUGAAAGUAAAUAACCUCAUUGACCAAGUAACUUAUUUUUAAAAUAUUUAAGAUCCAUUAAGAUCCUGUAAUCCACUUAGGCAUGCAGUGUCAGUUUCCAAAAAGUUAUCAAAAAUUUCAAAUACACAUUUACAUUGUAAAAAGUACUACAGUGCGCAAAAUGAACUUACGAAGCAUUGCCAAUAUUGAUAUUUUACAUCGAUAUUACAUUGAUAUGAUUUUAUGUAUUUUAUCUAGAACAAUUGACAUAGUAGAAAUGUAAAGCAGUUGUUACCAUACUGUAAAGGCAAUCUCAUUCGAGACACAAUUUCAAUAUUAACUAAUUUAACACUGAAGUUGUUAACAAAAUUGUGUUUUACUAGAAUUUAACUGAUUUUGGGAUUAUUCAGUCAUGAACAGUACUGUACUAAACUGCUGUGUUUCCCUCAUACUAAUGUCCAGAUUUAAGUCCUGAGACUGUAUUGUUGUUUAUGAUUCAAUAAAAAGGCAUUAUUUUCAGCGUAAUA